GGGCGGCCGCAGUGAGCGCGGCGGCGGCGGGGCUGCGCCUCUCGCCCCGGCCGGGGCUCCCCUCCAUUGUUCCCGGGAGCGGCGGCACCGCGCCGCCGCCGCCGCCCGCGGGGCUCCGUGUGUCCUUCAGCCUGACGCCGUGGCAGGUUGGGAUCAGCGCGGCUGCGGAGAGGAAGAGGCUGGUGGGAGCUGAGCAGACCCUGCGGUGACCCCCGUGCCCACCCGGGCCAGCCCGUGUCCCCAUGGAGUGGCGUUUGCUCAGCCCAGUCGCCAGGCAGUAGCUGCAGCAGUGGGAUGUUUACCUGGAGGUGCCUCAUCCUUUGGGCUGUGCUGGUCACAGCCACGCUCUGCGCUGCCCGCCCGGCCCCCACCCUGCCCGAACAAGCUGUGCCCAAAGCUAAAAUGGAAGUGGAGUCGUACUCRGCCCACCCCGGUGAGCUGCUCCAGCUGCGCUGCCGGCUGCGGGACGAUGUGCAGAGCAUCAACUGGGUGCGUGACGGGGUCCAGCUGCCCGAGAACAACCGCACCCGCAUCACGGGGGACGAGGUAGAGCUCAGGGACGUGGUGCCCGAGGACUCGGGGCUCUAUGCCUGCAUGACCAACAGCCCCUCGGGCAGCGACACCACCUACUUCUCCGUCAACAUCUCAGACGCUCUGCCCUCUGCGGARGAUGAUGAUGAUGAAGAUGAUUCCUCAUCCGAGGAGAAGGAGGCGGAUAACACCAAACCCAACCAGGCCAUUGCUCCGUACUGGACCUAUCCUGAGAAGAUGGAGAAGAAGCUCCACGCUGUCCCCGCCGCCAAAACGGUGAAAUUCAAAUGUCCWUCGAGCGGGACACCCAACCCCACCCUGCGCUGGCUGAAAAACGGCAAAGAGUUCAAACCUGACCAUCGCAUCGGGGGCUACAAGGUCCGCCAGGCCACCUGGAGCAUCAUCAUGGACUCGGUGGUGCCAUCAGAUAAGGGCAACUACACSUGCAUCGUGGAGAACAAGUAUGGCAGCAUCAACCACACCUACCAGCUGGAUGUCGUGGAGCGCUCCCCACACCGGCCCAUCCUGCAGGCAGGGCUGCCCGCCAACAAGACRGUGGCCCUGGGCAGCAACGUGGAGUUUGUGUGCAAGGUGUACAGUGACCCCCAGCCCCACAUCCAGUGGCUGAAGCACAUCGAGGUGAACGGCAGCAAGAUCGGCCCCGACAACCUGCCCUACGUGCAGAUCCUGAAGGUAAAGCCCCGUGUCACCUCGGCCCCUGGUGCCCUGUCCCGGGGCAGGAGCAGGGUGGUGACAGCCCUGGAUGGGCCACAGGAGCCCCCUGGGGCUGGGGACAGCCAGCCUGGGGCAGAUGGAGCCCCAGAGCCAUCUGGGGGACAGUGGGGCUGCCGUGUGCCACAUGGGGCUGUGCUGUCCCUGCCCACGGGGCUGUCCUGGAGCUGGAGCUGAGCCUGGAGCACCCCAGUGACAGCAGCUCCCUGCACAGCCACACUCACACUGCUCCUGAUGUGUCCCUGCUGUGGCACCGUGUCAUUCUGGGUGGCAUUUAAAGGUCCCUCCCAGYCCGUUCUGUCAUUCCAUGCAG